AUGCGCUCCUUCCAGCCGCCACCUCAAGCUUUCCAGCCACCACCUCAAGCUUUCCAGCCGCCACCUCAAGCUUUCCAGCCGCCACCUCAAGCUUUCCAGCCGCCACCUCAAGCUUUCCAGCUGCCACUUCAAGCUUUCCAGCCCCCACUUCAAGCUUUCCAGCUACCACCUCAAGCUUUCCAGCCGCCACCUCAAGCUUUACAGCCGCCACCUCAAGCUUUCCAGCCGCCACCUCAAGCUUUCCAGCUGCCACUUCAAGCUUUCCAGCCCCCACUUCAAGCUUUCAAGCUGCCACCUCAAGCUUUCCAGCCCCCACCUCAAGCUUUCCAGCUGCCACCUCAAGCUUUCCAGCCGCCACCUCAAGCUUUCCAGCCGCCACCUCAAGGUUUCCAGCUGCCACCUCAAGCUUUCCAGCCGCCACCUCAAGCUUUCCAGCUGCCACCUCAAGCUUUCCAGCCGCCACCUCAAGCUUUCCAGCUGCCACCUCAAGCUUUCCAGCCGCCACCUCAAGCUUUCCAGCAGCCACCUCAAGCUUUCCAGCCGCCACCUCAAGCUUUCCAGCCGCCACCUCAAGCUUUCCAGCCGCCACCUCAAGCUUUCCAGCUGCCACGUCAAAUUUUCCAGCUGCCACCUUAA